AUGUUUUUAGCUGCGGUUGCUAGGCCUCGAUUUGACAAUGAAGGUAACGAGAUAUUUUCAGGAAAAAUAGGUGUGUUUCCUCUUGUUAAUAAAGUACCGGCAAGAAGGUCAAGUGUUAAUAGAGCAGCAGGAACACUUGAAACUAAACCGAUAACUUCUAUCAAUAAAGAGAUUAGUCGAAUGUUUUUGAUUAAUAAGGUUCUACCGGCCAUCAAAGAAAAAUGGCCACGAGAACAAGCUUCAGAAACAAUUUACAUACAACAAGAUAAUGUACCUUCCCAUGUCUCUAUGGAUGAUGAAGAAUUUCGUCGAGUAGCUUCGGAAGGUGGUUUUGAUAUCCGUUUAACUUGUCAACCUCAGAAUUCUCCUGACUUGAAUGUUUUGGAUCUUGGUUUUUUUAAUGCCAUUCAGUCUUUGCAACAAAUAGAAGUGACUAAUUCAGUUGAUGAGCUUAUUCAGACCGUGCAGAAAUCUUAUGACAAUUUUUCUAGCAAAGCUUCAAACAAAAUUUUUCUCACACUUCAAUCGUGUAUGAUUGAAAUCAUGAAGGUCAAAGGAUCCAAUAAUUAUAAAAUUCCUCAUGUAAAGAAAGAUGUCAUGUUUCAUCAAGGAAUACUACCUGUUGAACUAAAAUGUGAUGGUGAACUAGUUCAUGAAGUUAUGGAGUAUUUAGCGAAUUAG